UCCCGUAAAGUGUGCGCAUUUUUAUUGAAACGCAAUCACCAACGAUGGGCUUUAGACGAAGACUUUUUCAAGUCACUGGACGGUCCCGUUAUGUAUCCAGACCAAACGGUCUCCCAAUGGAAGAUUCCUCCAUAUAAUCCAAAACAACCUCCCAAGGAAUUGAAAGUCAGAAAUACUGUUCUGAAUUGGGGACCUGCACAUCCUGCUGCUCAUGGUUGUUUGAGACUUGUCAUGCACCUUGAGGGAGAGCAUGUUUUAAGAUUAGACCCACACAUUGGCCUACUACACAGAGGUACAGAAAAGCUCAUUGAAUAUAAAACUUACAUGCAGGCUUUGCCUUAUUUCGAUCGUCUUGACUACAUCUCUACCAUGGCUAACGAACAAGGUUACUGUUUGGCAGUAGAAAAGAUACUAAACAUCGAAAUUCCAAGGCGUGCAAAAUACAUAAGGACAAUGUUUGCAGAAAUAAUGAGGGUCAUGAACCAUUUAGCAUCUACGGCAUUUUUGGCUCUAGAUGUAGGUGCCAUCACUCCUUUAUUCUGGCUUUUUGAGGAACGGGAAAAAAUUUACGAAAUAUGCGAGAGAGUAUGUGGCGCUAGGAUGCACAAUGGAUACUUUAGAAUUGGUGGUGUCAAUCAAGACUUGCCAAUUGGAUUGCUGCAUGACAUAUACGAGAUUAUGAAUAAAAUACCAGAAAGACUGGAUGAAGUUGAAGACGCUGUAACUUUAAACAGACUCUUUGUUCAACGAACAAAAGAUGUUGGAGUUACAAGCGCACACGAGGCAAUGAAUAGAGGAUUUACAGGAGUAAUGUUAAGAAGUACUGGUGUAAAAUGGGACAUUCGCAAAGCCCAGCCCUACGAAGUUUAUGAUGAAAUGGACUUCGAUGUCCCGGUUGGCACAAACGGCGAUACGUACGAUAGAUAUUUACUUCGUUUAGAAGAAAUACGUCAGUCGUGCCGAAUAAUAGAGCAGUGUAUAAACAAUAUGCCAGAAGGUGAAAUUAAAGUGGAUAAUUGUAAAAUUACACCCCCUAAACGGAGGGAGAUGAAGUCUUCUAUGGAAGCUGUAAUUCACCAUUUUAAAUUGUUCUCUCAAGGAAUCAAUGUACCUCCAGGUGCAACCUUCACAACCAUAGAACAUCCCAAAGGUGAAUUUGGAGUUUACUUAGUUUCCGAUGGUUCUCCAAGACCCUACAGAUGUCGCAUUAGAACUCCAGGAUUCAUUCAUUUACAGGGUAUAAAUUACUUGGCUGGUAAAAACAGCUUUCUAGCCGAUAUAACGCCAAUAGUGUGCACCAUUGAUGUCGUUUUUGGAGACGUAGAUCGUUAG